AUGAAAGCGCCUUUAGAACUCCCGAUCGUCUCUCUUCUCGCUCUUUUCCCCGUAUUGCCAUUGGCACAGCUAGAUUGUACCAAAAUCGUCGUCGAUGCUAAAACGUGGGACGUGAGUAAACUAGGUGGACCGCAUUCGGUUUACAACGUUGUCGAUCAUCCUCCCUCUGUUAUCAACACCACAUACACCUUAGACCUAUGCAAGCCUCUGCCGAAGAAUAGCCAAUGCCCGAGCGGAACAUAUGUGUGCGGUAUCGAGCGAACAAAGCCCAAAGAAGGCGAUGAGAUCAUAUCGGGGACCAUCCCCAUAGCAGGGAACUACGCCCACAGUUCUGGCCGAUCACUCGAUCCCAAAAUAACCCGUUUGAAGACCAGCGACUCCCAACAAGAAGGUCUUCGGAUCGAACUGCAUGGCGGUAAAUACCUAAAGCGCGAUCAACAAGCCGUGAUAGAAUUGAUCUGCGAUAAAGAGCGCAGCGGUCUAGAUGACGAAGAUAAGCAACAAAGACGCAAGCUAGUAGAUGAAAAGCCCGACGAUACAGGCCAGGAGGCUUCCGAAGGCGACGACAAGGGCAACCUUGAAAAACAGAAAAGCCUUCAGUUCAAGAGCUAUGGAGAAGUUGACAAGAUCGAUGUAUUGAGAUUAAAUUGGCGAACAAAAUAUGCCUGCGAAGGCUUUUCAGAGGGAGAAGAUGGCGAGAAGUCAAACCAUUGGGGAUUUUUCACCUGGCUUAUUAUCCUUCUUUUCCUCUGCGUUGCUGCAUAUCUCAUUUUUGGCUCUUGGCUCAAUUACAAUCGCUACGGCGCGCGAGGCUGGGACCUGCUGCCCCAUGGUGACACCAUCCGCGAUAUCCCUUACCUUAUGAAGGAUUGGGGGAGAAGGGUAAUAAAUACCCUCCAAGGUCCCGGAUCGAGAGGUGGCUAUAGUGCAGUUUGAAAACUGCUCGUAUGCUCUUUUUAUGUGAGAUGAUGCUUUUGGAGGUUUUUGGUGCACCCUUUUUAUUUUACCCUACCCACAUAGAAGGGCCCUGGCAUACACACUUUGUUGUCGCUUGAAUUUAAUGUCCUGGCCGGUUGUGCCAUCAUGUAUACCAUGCACCCGACCUGGCCCAUUUAUGUGUCCAUUUUAUAGCAUAGGACGAUCGAGCGUGGAUGAAGGCUCUUCACGGUCAAUGAGGUCUGGAAUACCAUAAUGUAUUUCUCACUGGCGUCAUGAUUUUCUAUGGUUCUCUGAUUCUGGUAUCUGGUUUAGUUCAUUUUUACUUGAUUUAGGUAUUGUAGGUCUUAUAUAUAGGUAUUAUGGCUCAGGGUU